AUGGCACUUAAGCGAUUUCAUUAUUUAGAGCACCGAUUAUCACGUGAGGAAGGGCUCUCACAACAAUACAAAGAUUUUAUGAGAGACUACCUCACAAGUCAACAUAUGGAAGUCAUUCCCACAAACCAAAAAAUGACUCCAUACCGUUACUAUAUACCACAUCACUGCAUCUUACGCCCAGACAGUCUUACAACAAAACUCAGGGUAGUUUUCGAUGCAUCUGCUACCACUACCGUUGGACGAUCAUUGAACAGCAGCUUAUAUACGGGUCGUAAGCUCCAACAAGAUCUACCACAGAUUUUGAUCCGAGCACGUGUUCACAAAAUAUUGUUCACAGCAGAUAUCAAACAAAUGUACCGGCAGAUCGAAAUCCACCCCGAACAUAGAGAUUAUCUAAGAAUUCUAUGGUGUUUCAACCGCGACCAGCCAAUCGAAGAAUAUCGUUUAUGCACCGUCACUUACAGGACAUCUUGUGCACCGUAUCAGGCAUUACGCACAUUACACCAUCUAGCGGAAAUCGAAAAAACUACAUAUCCAAUGGCUGCUGAUAUACUCAUGCAUGAUACCUUCGUGGACGACAUACUUACAGGGGCCAACACUCCAGAGGCGGCUCUUGAUCGUCAGAAACAAGUGAUAUUCCUAUGCAACCGAGGCCACUUUAAACUUAGGAAAUGGGCCAGCAACUCAUCCAUAAUUCUCCAAUCUGUGCCUGUCAGCGAUCGCUCCAUGUCUCCUGACGUACUAUUCCACGAUGAUUUGGGCGCGAGGCUCAAAAUCCUCGGCAUGCGAUGGAACCCCAAACAGGACCAGUUUACUUAUACGGUUCAGCGUCCCCAUGUCAAGACUACAAAACGCUCGAUGUUAUCGGAUCUAGCUCACAUAUUCGAUCCACUCGGACUUCUCGCACCAAUCACCUUUUUGGCAAAACACCUCAUGCAGUUACUGUGA